CAGCCUCUGUAAGCAGCAGCAUUCAAUUCAUAAGGAACUUCACCGGCUGAUAUUUCAGCUGCUGUGUUUGGAGAAUAACAAAAAUUAGUAUUGAUUUUUGGGGCCAGGCUAUUUGUAUCUGGUGUAAGGCCUGGCAGAGUUGUACGGUGACUGUCUGCUAGCUCCACCACAAGGAUUUAUAGAUACUCUGCUACAUUUUUUCGGUUGGAUUCAAAUAAUUUUACUCGGGAAGGUCUUGGUGUAAGACUAUGUCCUCCCAAUAGAUGCUGGUGUGACCCCUACUACAUACACUGCAUCCAUUUGUGAUGGAUUCUCAGGGGUCAGGGCCUUCCUUAGCAUUAUCUAACCUACAUAAAGAUGUAGGUCCCCCGUCUGAAGAGAAGUGUGGGGUUUUCUGGCUCCACAACCAAACCAAAUAUGACUUCACAGGUGGCAAAUAUGGAGAGAUUCCAUUCACCCUCAUCAUCAACACCAUUGGAUGGGUGGUGAUUAUCUUACUAUUUGCUCUUCUGAGGAAGAUUGCUUGGGACUACGGUCGGAUAGCUCUAGUGAGCAGAGCGGAGGAGAAUGCUCAAGUGCUGAGGAAGAACAAUGGUUACAAUGUAUGGACGUCCUUAUUUUUCGGGGAGAGAGACAAGCCAGCACACGGUUCUCAGGAGUCCCUAGAUACACACCUUCAUUCACAGGAUAAGGGUUUCUGUGCCUGGAUUCCAGCAUUUUUCAGAGUCAAGGAUGCAGACAUUCUACAGAAGUGCGGCCAUGACGCGAUCCAGUAUCUGUCAUUCCAGCGUUACUUGAUUAUCUACACCACCAUCAUCUGUAUCCUGUCUGUCGCCAUCAUCAUCCCCACCAACUUCUCCGGAACCAACAUUGGUAAUGCUACAGAUUUUGGCCAUACGACCAUAGGAAAUCUGGACCCUAAGUCUAAUCUACUGUGGAUACAUGCCCUUCUGGCCGUUGUCUUCCUGCUCAUCAUUGUCGCUCUGAUGCAUCACUUCUCUCGUAACCUAGAGUAUCAGGAGGACGAUCAGGUGUCAAGAACAGUGAUGAUCUCAAACAUCCCUACUAUCAGAUGCUUCAAGAACAUCAUUACACAGCAUUUUCAAGAGGCAUACCCUGAGACAGUGGUUUUAGAUGUACAGUUUGCCUACAACAUCUCCAAUCUUGUCAUCCUAGACAAGAAAUUGAAGACUGCCAGUGAGGCACGGAUGAACUCCCAGAUACAGUGUGACAAGACAGGAGAACGACCAAUGAUGAGGCCUCAUAAGUGUGGUCGAUGUUGCUGCGGAUCUGACAAGGUGGAUGCCAUAGAUUACUACAGCAAUCUAGAGGCUGAGCUGAAGCUGAAAUGUGAGGAGGAGAAAGCCACUGCGUACCAGGACCCACAGGGCAUCGCAUUCGUAUCCUUCCAGACAGACUUCAUGGCAGAAAGGGUGAUAGCUGACUUUGGUACAGCCUGUAAGGGAUCAAACAGCUGUCCCCCAUCUACUGUUGACAAGGAGCUAAACAUUGCAGACUGGGAUGUGAAGUAUGCUCCGUCUCCGGAAAAUAUCUAUUGGGAGAACCUUACUAAGUCUGGGAUACGAUGGUGGGUAUUUGCGAUCCUCGCCAAUGGAUGUCUCGUCAUCCUGCUCUUCUUCUUCACCACUCCCCUCCUCAUCAUCAACAACCUCGACAAAGUAGAAUACUUUAAAGGCUCCAUGACAAGUCCCCUCAUUCAGCAGUUUGUGCCGACUCUGCUACUAUGGACAUUUGCUUGUCUUCUACCUAAUGUUGUGUAUUACUCAGACCAGUAUAUAGGUCACUGGACAAGAACUGCUGAACACCAUUCUGUGAUGAUAAAGUGUUUUAUUUUUUUGUUACUUAUGGUCCUGAUUUUGCCUUCGUUAGGUCUCUUUAGUGUGAAUGCCUUGUUCCAGUGGCUUGUGAUGGACACUGAGAAUGACUUGAGAUGGAAGUGUAUAUUUUUGCCUGGGAAUGGAGCUUUCUUUGUGAAUUAUGUGAUAACCUCUGCCUUCAUAGGCACAGCCCUGGAGCUGAUGAGGUUCUCCGAACUUCUUAUAUACAGCAUCAGACUCUUCUUUGCUCGGUCACCUGCAGAGGAAAGUGCAGUAAGAAAGACGACAGUUUGGGAGUUCCAGUUUGGUAUCCAGUACGCGUGGAUGCUGUGUAUAUUCUCUGUGGUAGUUGCCUACAGUAUAUCGUGUCCUCUCAUCGUACCGUUUGGUCUGGUACACAUGAUACUGAAGCAUAUGGUGGACCGUUACAACAUUUUCUUCGCCUAUCGUCCGUCACGGAUCAGCAAGGGUAUCCACAACACAGCCAUCACGUUUGUUGUGGCCUCUGUCAUCCUCCUACAGUUUAAUGUUGUCUUCUUCACAGCCGUCCGCUCAGAGGCAAUAAGUGGUGUGUUCUUCUUCUCCUCUGUGGCUCUGUUUGCAUCACUCCUGGCAUUCACUGGGCGUGUUUGCUUCGGCUGGUUCAAACACUUCAACCCACUCAAAUACAAGAAGGCUAACACAGGGCACGAGUCGGAGCAUUUCAAUGAUGACGGUAUGACCACCCCUACUGGAGGACCAGCUGGAGCAACUCCAUUUGUAGCCAGUGUUCUAAUGAACCCUGACAGGGAGGCAGAUGCUGGAGAGAGUGCAGAUUGCUCCACAUCAGCACCUGUUAACUCGUAUGGCGCCAUCAACUCCCACACGCCCGCCGCAGACUCAGACCACGCCUAUCAGCCCUAGACAACAACCAACCAGGGACAGUCACAGACUCGGGACACGCCUAUCAGCCCUAGACAACAACCACACACACGCGCAAUACACCAGGCACAGACCCACGCUACACCUAUCAGCGCUAGACAACAACCAACUACACACUAGUCACAGACUCAGGCCAUACCUAUCAACCACCAAGGAAUGGUUGAGCCCCUGAGUACACCAUUAACUUGUUCAUUUGGGCUUCCAUGUUGAAGACCAUCAACUCAUAAUUUAUAGCAUAUCCUAGAUGUUUGUGGCUAUCGUAGUUUUCUUUUUGCCGCUAUCCGCAGUAGGUGUUAUGACUGCAACGCAAUGCACUGAAGAUAGGCUGGGUGGCAACAUAUUGGUCAGACUAACCUGUCUAAUCUGACAUCAUUACACAACCUAUUAGUCUGGUUAACCUGUAUAAUCUGACAUUCUGUGUGACAAAAAAUUGGUCAGACUAACCUGUCUAAUAUGACAUCAUUUGGUACACAACUUAUAAGUCUUGUUAACCUGUAUAAUCUGACAUUCUGUGUGACAACAAAUUGGACAGACUAACCUGUCUAAUCUGACAUCAUUUGGUACACAACUUAUUAGUCUGGUUAACCUGUAUAAUCUGACAUUCUGUGUGACAACAAAUUAGUCAGAUUAAACAGUAUGCUGGAACAUAAGAAAUGGGAUGAUGUUGUUAUGUUACAUUAAGCAAGAUGACAGAUUACACUAGGGUUGGAUUAGACAGGUAUCACUGUAGGGUUCUUCGACCGUAUUUAACCGUAGGUGUUGACGAAGUAGAUGCUUUGGUUGUAAUUUGGUUUAAAGGGAAUAUAGUAUUCAAUGUAGAGGUGAUGUAUUAUUUGUUCACUUCACUGCUGUGUUCGUGUUAAGUUAUUGGUGUCUGUAGUGUAUGGUUAUAACUGUUCUGUAACGUACAAGGUCUGCCUUGUACAGUUGUAGAGAAAAUAUUGUAUCGAGUAUUGUUGUGUUGUUUAAAAGUCAUUGUUAUGAUUUCAUCAAAAUGGUUUUUAAACUGAAGAAAAAGAUACUUACUGAACCUUGUUCAAAAUAUAUCAUGUAAAUGAAAGAAUUGUAUCUGGAGUAUCAAAGGGAAUGACAAUGCAUCAUGUAGUCAAUCAUUUAUGUUUAAAGAUUUAUAUCUUAAUUAUAAUAAUAUCUACCGUGCAUUUGUAUUGUGCAGUUUAUUUUGUACUGGUUCCUUUUUUUGCAUUUAGCCUUUUUUUUAAACAUUUUGUACCAUGUUUAGUUGUGAUUAUGAAGGAAGGCAAAGAAAUGAGUCACAAAUACGAUGCUUUUUAUCAUUCCAUUUAUAUUUACAAUUUGUGUGUGAAUACUGAGUGACAAAUGGGGUUGUCAGCUCACUCACACAAUAACAUAAUCCACUGAAAAUAUGAUAUUAUAUGUAAACAAAUCCGUGUCUCUUGAACACAAAAAGCAUUAUUGUACCGGGAAAGGAUUUAUAUUUCAUUUCAUAUUUGUUAACACUUAUAAAAACCAUUUCAAACUUUUUUUUGUAAAAUCUUUUGCUAAUGCAUUGUAUCGUGUUUAGACAUUUCUGAAUUUUAUUUGAUAAAUCUAAUGAAUGCUAAUAUGGCUAAUAAUGUCACAAAUUUGUUGAUGUAUGUUUUAUAUGGAGAUAUAUCCCACCUUUGUGCUGCUGUUGCUGUUGCAUCAACAUGCGAGUCAAAAUCAUUGGCACAUAUAGUUGCCGUAUGUUUGUAAUCGUUCGUGACAGCUUGUGGACAGAAAGAUUCCAGAUCUUGUUGAUUAUGGUAAAGAAAUAUUUAAAGCACUCAUCAAGCAACAGUCAGUGAACUGGAAAAAUUAUGAUCACACACCAGCUCAUGAGCAAAAAUCUAUAUAAUAUGCUGAUUACUGAUUGAAUAGAGUGGGAAAAUCCUUGGUUUGUACAAAUUUUCUGUGUUUUCCUUGAAUUCUCUUAAUAGGACAGUGAAGCAUUUUCAAUAUUUUCUUUGUCAGCUUCGCCUGGUGAUCAUAUGUGUUGGAAUUUCUGGCACCCUCCCUCCCCUAAAAUAUCUGGGACUUGAGCAAGUCUACUUCUAAUAUUAGAUAAGAGUCAAUAUGCUUCAUGUGAUACUAACUAGUAGUAGCCUUACUCAAGCCCAAGUCUUUUGAAGGAGGAGGUCUAUUCAAGCGUCUGUGCUCGGUACAGGAAGACGUUCCAUUUAUUUUUUCUUGUCUUUAUUGGCACCAAUAUAUAUGACAGCACAUUUUAACUAUUAAUAGUUUUAGGAGCUGGUGAAUGCUGUCAGGAAAUACUUCGUUUCGGAUGGUAGUAGUGUGUUUGUUAUGACAUGAAACAUGCAUAUGGUAGUUAACUUUAUUUCUGGAGUAAGUAUACCCUUCUUCGUGACAGUUAGUAGUGAUUUUUUUCUAUCUUCUUUAUGCAAUAUUUGGGUGUGCAAUAAUGGGUUCAGGGUUUAUUUUGAAUGUAAGAAGAGAGAAACAAUAAGAGAUAGAUAGGCAGAGAAAUGAACAGGAAAAUAGCACAAGUGGUCGGGCUAGAGUUUUAGCUUGGAUAUAUGGUGAAGGUUGUGUAGUCAAGGCCAGGGACCACUUCAGACAUUUCUAGUACAGGUAGUUUUAAUUUACUUUAGUGAGAAUCAAAAAUGUAAGUGAGGUCAAUUUCUCAAAGUCACAGCAGCUGUCAGACAGAUAUAUGGAUGUGCUGAUAAAAUAGUGUCGGAGAAGAUGAGGAGAAAAUAAAACACCAUUUUAGAGUUUAGUAUCGCUUAUUCACAAAAAUAAUAUGUGGUUAGUGUCCAUUUUUGUUUCUGAAAACCUUCAGAAAGAAUUCAGAAUAUAUAUCCCCUACAUUUUUUGUCUUGCAUUUCAGUGUUGAGUGAUUUGUUUUGUUUAUUUGUUUUCCUCCAAUAAUUCAUUUUAAAAUGAGCAGAAUUGUAUGGAGAUGAGUAUGUCGCUGUUUUUAUAUAAAAAAUAAUAAUUGUGGUUUAAAUUAGAUAUAUAUCUGUUUCUUAUUUCUCUUCUGUAUUUAAACUAUUCUUGUGAUUACAAAGAUGAAGUGUUUAAUAUUUUUAAAAAAAGUGCUUUGAUAUGUACAAUGACCAAAAAUUGCAUACCAGUGUACUUGGUAUUUGUCAUAAUAUUCAUUUUCAACUUUUUUUAAAUUUAUUUUUCAUAUAUUUCACUUUGUGCUAGUUAAGUUUUCUAUCAUAGUUUAUUUUGUUUAUUAUAUUGUCACAUUUGUUUCACUGUUUCUGUUAUAUAGUAAACGAUAUAGUAAACGCUGUCAGUAUGACUAUCAAAAAUAUUACUGAAAGGUUGUAUCACUGAAAAGUGAACGUGUUCCGGUUUGUUUGAAGAAAAAGUAUUUAGAAGAGUUUUUAAAACUAUGUUGCUUCUGCAUAUCCUGGUAGAAAUGUUAAAGGUGGCACAAAAAUAGUUUACUGGUAUGAUAAAAUACAGUAUUUGGACCGGAAGUUGGCCAACCUAAUAAGCAGAGACUAAAAUGCAUUUUCGGAAUUUUGUGACCAAAAAAUAACCUGUUUCUUUCAGCCAUGCAUAGUCAACCGUAUUUUAUGCAGAGAUACUGCAAACUAGCAUUGAUCAGCAUUUCAGUUUCAGCCAGGCACGUCUGGUCUUCUCGAUACGCAUGUGCAGAAUUUAGAAGAGAUCAGCCUUUGUCCCGAUCUGUGCUGGUUGUUCUUUCAAAUUCAGCAGAUAAUUAGCUAAAGCAGCUAUUACAAUUUCACGACAUUAUGAGGUACUUGUAACAAACUGAUGGCAAACAUACUUAAGUCUAGUACCAUUUCUAGCUGCAGUUGUACGAAAAUUCUGUAUCAAAUAUCAACAAAAAUCAAAUCAGUGAGUGUUGUUUCUCAGCAGUAGACAAAUGCAUGAUACCCAGUAACUUUAAUU